ACUACUUUAUUUCCAUUACUUGCUUGUUCAUCGUGAAAGCUGUCAUUAGUAUAAAUAUGUAGUAUGUAAGGGGGUUUAAAUCUAAAGCUUAUGUUAUAUCUGUGCAUGUGUUUGACUACAGAAGCAUGUUCUCCAGUGGGGGGUAUUUCCGCGGCUUCAACUGUCCAUUUUUUGCCAGUGGACUCUGUGAACGUCCAUAUUGCCACUACCGACAUGUGAAAACGGAGGAAUUAGAGAAACCUCAAAGUAAAGCUACAAGCAGUGGGUAUUCUGAUGCACAGUAUGACUGUAACUGGACUCCAGGUAGUGGGCCAUCUGUUUCAACAGGAGAGCAGGUUAAAGUGAACAAAUACACUGGGGAACCUGAGGUUUUACCCCCAGAAAAGACAUGUGUGGAAGUUCAACCAGGGGAACAUGAAACUGUGAACAAGUAUACUGGUGAACCAAUGGUGGCCCAAUCAUCCUCAGAGUACACAGUAGAAGUGAAAUCAAAUUGCAAGAAAUACAAACCAACAGACAAAAUAUCUCUGAAGUCACAAAGACCAAAAUUAACGAUACCCAAACCCAUUCAGAAAGUGAACAAGUAUACUGGUGAACCAGUUGUUGACAGUGUUGAGAAACAAACUUACACGCCAGAAGCAAGAGAUGUCCCCGAGUAUAACCCCACACCUAUCAAUCAGUUGAAACCUAGUCCCUCCAAAUAUCAAGCACAUGCUGUAGAAAAUGAAAAUGAUCAAGAAUAUGAUCCACAGAGUAACUUCUCUACAGCAUGCAUACUUGAGCCUUCCCAGCCGAUGGCCAUUAAACGACCCUUUACAUAUGACCCCACCACACCAGACUUUAAUCAUCCUGCCAAAAAAGCCAAAGGAGAUUCAGAGGCACUAAUGGCUGACAGUGAGGAAGGUCAAAGUGAUAUUGGAGCAUUUAGUAAUGAUGAGGAAGAUGACGAAGAGAUUAAACAUCUAGCAAUGGAAGAUGAACGAGAUAGUUCAGUUGAAAAUGAAGAGGAAGAUUCAUUAAAGAAUUCAAUGAUCACAGAUGUGAAAGUUUUUGAAAGUUUGCUUAUGCCAGUUAUGGCCCAUAAACCAAGUGAUACAGACAAGAAUUUAUCAAAUUCAAAAAAAUCAUCAUCUGAAACAAAAACUCGUGCAAAAAAAUCAAGAAGUGAAAAAUCUUCAAAUCAUGACAAAUCCUCAGAGUCUUCAUUGAAUAAGAUGUCAAAGAAAAAUGGUCAUCACCCCAAGGAAAAGGUUACAAAAAUAGAAUCCUUAAAGUCCUCAAAACACAGUUCAUCUUCAAAAUCUAAAGAAAACUCAUCGUCUAGGACAUCUUCAAGCAAGGCUUUAAUGAAUGGUUCCUCUAAAUCAUCUGAGAAACAAAGAUCCUCUCAAUCAUCCUCAGACAAAUCUCCUCACAAGCACUCUCAUAAAAAAUCCUCCAUGUCGUCCUCAUCUUCCUCCAAAGCAAAAUCAUCCAGUGAAAAAGAUGCGUCGAAAAAGCACUCAUCCUCACGUGAUCAUAAACACAUCAAACAAUCAUCGCAUGACAAAAAGUCCAGCAAAAGUGACCACAGUAAACAUUCUUCAGACAAAAAGAAAGAACAUUCGAGUAGUGGGCAUAAUAAACAGGAAUCUCGAUCAAAAGGUUCAAAGGAAACACAUAAAAACUCUACAGAAAAAGAGAGCAAGAAAAGGAAUAGAUCAGUGUCACUAGACAGCAAUGGGUCAAAAAGGAAGAUCAUUGACUUAAAUGUGGACUUGUUUGGUGCAGACAGCGAUAUUGAAGAUGAUGUGCCUGCUCUUAUCAGCGAUGAAGAGGAAGAUCCAUACGAGGAAUGUCUCAGGAUUUAUAAUGAAAAUAAUGUCUCUAAACCAUCACCUAAGAAACAUAGUGAAAGGAAACAAAGUGAUGGUGACCAAACUGAAAGUAUGUCGAUGCCUGGGAAAAAGAGGACUGCUCACAAAGGAAGCAAAGAGGUACACAGAAAGAUUCCUGAGAGACCACUUAGUAAACUAUCUCCUGCUCAGAUUAUGCACAACCGAUUUGUCAAAAUUCAAAAGCAGGCACAAGAAGAGGCUGGAAGUUCGCAAGAACCAUCAACAUCUUCAUCCACUGGAAAGCAGAGAGUUGCUCAUUCAAGUAAGAAUGGAGGACAGGGGACCAAAGUAGUUGAUGGAAAAACAGUGAUUUCCACGGCAUCCAAAACGCAGAAACGCACAGCUCACUUACCCAAUGUGAAAAAUUUGAAACGUCCUGCAAUUCCAGCAGAAUACGGUAGCAAAGUGCCAGUCAGUGUGAGACAGCGAUACCUCAACACAAUUAUUGAUGAAUGUCUACCUCUGUAUGAUAAUGAAGAAGACGUUUUCAGAAGGGGUUUGGAGGAAGAACUCUCGGUGUACAAAAGAGCUAGCAACAAAAACGUGUACCUAAAUAUAGCAUGUAAUACAAUCAAACGACUCCGAACGGAAGCAGCAGAAUCCUCAGCAUCUUCAAAGAAACCAACUUCACCGCAGAAAAUGUCACAUGAAGCGGUUCUUGGAGGCAAAAAUGCCACCAGAACCACCUACACCCUCAACAGAUCUGGGGGUUCCCAUAAGGGGCCUAUUGAAGACUUCAAAGGCAGAGAACUUUAUGACAGACUUGCUAAACACAAGCUGACAGAAGAACAGCUCCGGGAGAAUGGUUUUCCGAGGCCAGAUCCUGACAAUAGCUCACAGGCCAAAGUUUACACUACCAGUCAACAAGAACAGAAUAGUGCCAAACUAAAAACAUAUGAGAAAAUUUGUGUGAGGUGUGGGAAGCGGUUCAUGGUGUUCCCCAACGGGACCUAUGCACAUGAGGAAGAGUGUUGUUACCACUGGGGAAAAGCAUGGAAGAAGAAAAUUGCUGGAUACAUCGAAACGAGGUAUACCUGUUGUCAAGGAGAUUUGGGAGCAGAAGGAUGUCAAAUUGCUAAGUACCAUUGUCAUGAGACCAACAAAUGGGAGAACCGGACUGGAUACAUGAGGACUCUUCCUUGUUCACCUGUACCCGAUGGUGACUACGGAGUGUAUGCAAUGGACUGUGAAAUGGUGUAUACUCAAGGUGGCGUGGAGCUCGCUCGUGUCACUGUCACAGACAGUGAGAAUCAAUCAGUAUUUGAGACAUUAGUGAGGCCUGAUCGAAAAAUCAUUGACCAUAACACAAGGUUUAGUGGAAUAACAGCAGAGGAUAUGGAAGGGGUAACCACCAACCUCAGGGAUGUGCAGGCAGUGCUCCUCAGCCUGUUUACAGAGAAAACCAUUCUGAUUGGUCACAGCCUGGAGAGUGACCUUGCAGCUGUUAAGAUUAUACAUGACACCGUGGUCGAUACAUCAGUAGUGUUCCCACAUCGUCUUGGACCACCAUACAAAAGAGCACUCAAAACACUGAUGGCAGAAUAUCUAAAGAAAAUUAUUCAGGAUGAUGUCGGAGGCCAUGACAGUCGGGAAGAUGCUGUUUCCUGCAUGGAGCUGAUGCAGUGGCGUAUCAAAGAAGAUGCUCGCAAAGAACCGAGAUGUAGCUGAUCUUGUUGGAGAAAAUAAAGGCCAUAGCUGAUCAUUUCCUAUAAACAGUGAGAAACAGUCCUAGGAGGGAAAGGCAUUGAAAGCAAAUCAGGAGACCACUGGUUCUAAUGUCAACAGUAGAUAAAUGAACAUGGCUGCAUAGUAAAUUUCAAAGCACAAUGCACAUGUAUGUCACAAAAUGUUUCAUGAUUAUAGGACCAGCAUUCUGCUCAAGGUCCAUCUUGGAAAGAGCGGAGAUAAACUAAGUCUCUGGGUGUCUAAGACAAGGUGUCUAAGGAUCUGUAACAAGUGCAAUGUAGAGAAAUGUGAUAAAAAUAUAUUCUGAGCCUACAGGUCCCAUGAAGAUACUUUGUGUGUAGAAAAAAAUUACCUUGUAGAAAUUUUUUUCAUUGGUUUAAACACUGUUAAUGCGAACAAUUUCUUUCUUUCUUCCUUGACUUUCUAGUAUUUAGAAUACAGGGAUACAUUUGUCGUCAGAUUAAAAUCUAGACUUGCUAUAAUUUUUCUUAAUCUGUAUAUAUACUAGAAUUCCAGACAUGUGCAUUUAUUGUAUUUACAUGUACAAUGUUUUGGUUAAAAGCAUGGGUGCAUUAAUUUAUACAUGUUAUAAUGUAUGCGUAAAAUCCCAGCAAAACAGUUGAAUUUAAAAGAUUUCCUAAGUUUAAUUUAUGAAUAAUAUCAAAAUUAUUAUUUUCAGAUAAGUUACUCUCAGGUUUUUCUAUAACAAGUUUGAUUUCAAUUCUGUACCAACAUGAUAGCUUUAUGUCUAUGAAGAUUUAUCUUGCACUUUAAAAUGUGACGAUGUUUGAUUGCUAAUGAAAGAGUAUGUGUUGAUAUGAUUUGAUAGGGGAGUGUUUGUUGUGUUCUGUGCAUUUACUGAGAUUAUUGUAGAGGAUAGGUGCCAUCUUUACAAAUUGUGUGCUAAUUCAUAUCUUUUGAAUGUUAUUUCAUGUCAUACUUGAUAUCGUUGUGCUAAUAAAUCUUGUUAAAGUC